CCAACCACAACUACAGUAGCUCCAACCACAACAACAGAGACACCAACCACAACCACAGCAGCUCCAACCACAACCACAGCGGCUGCAACCACAACAGUUUCUCCAACCACAACCACAGCUUCUCCAACCACAACCACAGCUGCUCCAACCACAACAACAGAAGCUCCAACCACAACUACAGUAGCUCAAACCACAACAACAGAGACACCAACCACAACCACAGCAGCUCCGACCACGACAACAGAAGCUCCAACCACAACUACAGUAGCUGCAACCACAACAACAACAGAGGCACCAACCACAACUACAACAGCAGCUCCAACCACAUCUACAGCUGCUCUGACCACAACAACAGUAGCUCCGACGACAAACACAGCGGCUCCAACCACAACCACAAGUGCUCCAACCACAACAACAAUUCCUUCAACCACAACAGCUCCUCCAACCACAACCACAGCUGCUCCAACCACAACCACAGAAGCUCCAACCACAACUACAGUAGCUCCAACCACAACAACAGAGACACCAACCACAACCACAGCAGCUCCAACCACAACCACAGCGGCUGCAACCACAACAGUUUCUCCAACCACAAACACAGCAGCUCCAACGACAACCACAGCUUCUCCAACCACAACCACAGCUGCUCCAACCACAACAACAGAAGCUCCAACCACAACUACAGACAACAACAGUUUCUCCAUCCACAACAACACAGCUACUCCGACCACAACAACAGUAGCACCGACGACAACAACAGCUGCUCCAACCACAACAACAGAAGCUCCAACUGCAACUACAGUAGGUCCAACCACGACAACACAGACACCAACCACAACAACAGCAGGUCCAACCACAACCACAGCGGCACCAACCACAACAGUUUCUCCAACCACAACCACAGCAGCUCCGACCACAACAACAGUUCGUCCAAUCACAACAACAUUAGCUCCGACGACAACAACAGCAUCUCCAACCACAACCACAGCUGCUCCACCAACAACAGAGGCACCGUUCACAACAACAGUAGCUCCGUCGACAACAACAGCAACUCCAACAACAACUACAGCUACUCCAACAACAACAGAUGCACCAACCACAACUACAGUAGCUGCAACCACAACCACUGCUACUCCAACCACAACAGUUGCUCCAACAACCGCUGCUCUGACUACAACAACAGUUGCUCCAACCACAACAACAGUAGCUCCGACAACAACAGCAACUCCAACCACAACCACAGAAGCUACAACUACAGUACCUCCAACCACAACAACACAGACACCAACUACAACAACAGAGGCUCCAACCACAACUACAGUACUUCCAACCACAACAACAGAGACACCAACCACAACUACAGCUGCUCCG